UCUAAUUGCAACCACAAAUUCAGAAAGUGAUAGUACAGAAGAAAAAGAUUAUCUUAGUCAAACCGGAACAAUAGGUAAUUCUAGUGCGACAUCAAAUGAAUCUGUUAGUCAAAGUAAUAGUAAAAAUAUCAGUGAAACUCCAUUUGGUAAAACUAAUAAAGUUAGAGAAGGAAGUCUUCCAGGUUCAACCGAGUCUGUAGGUACUGCGUCUGUAGAAGACACGGGUAAUACAAGUCAAACAAGUUCUGAAUGGGUAACUUCAGUGGGAGGGAUGAGUAUAAAUGACCUGGAAAUACCGCCAACGAUGACCGCGUGGGCGCUAGCGAGUUUAAGAACUCCACCAACAAUGUCAAUCAAAGUACUGAAUGGAAGUCAAUCGACCCAAAAAACUGUCGAUGAAAACGAAUUGCAAAAAGUCAGUGAACCUCUAGACCAAAAAGAAACAACCAUUGUGUCGACAACACCGACAACAACACCUGUUGCUGCCCUCAGUAAUUAUGUACUGAAGAAUAUUACUGAAAUCGAUCAAAAUAAAUUACCUUGGAAACCGAUCAUAUCAAUUGAAGUAGGAGAUGAAAAGGAACCAGUAACAAAAUCCGAGAGAUUACCUGCUGAAAGUAACAUAUCUGUACAAAGUAGCCUAAAGCCAGAGAAUACUACGAAAGGUACUCAAACAGAAGAGAAAAUUUCAAUGACGACCGAAACAAUUAAAAUUAAUGAAGUUAGACCUUCUUGGAUCCCUGCAAUGAUAAAUGAAACAACGACUGAAGAAACGGACGAAAACGAAGACGAAAUUCAACCAGUUGAUGUGAAAAAGUCAACUGGUUUCGAAUCGAUAACGAAACUUCCUUCGGGCGUGACCACGCCCACCGACGAAAACGACACAUCAACUGAACAGUCUGAAGUACGAACUACUACAGAUUAUGACAUUACGACGAUAAGAUUUUCAUAUGUCCCUACCGAGCAGAUGACAGAAACUGAAGUACCAAUUAUAAAUAAAACCUGGCAUAAAAUUAUACCUACAAGAACAAACAAACCAACAACUCCAAUUACUACAUAUCGGCCAACGUUUUCAACUACAACCGAAGAAACCGAGGAAACUACCACAAUGAUUUUAGAUACGACACCGCAGUUAGAAUCAUCAUCAAUUAAUGAUAAUGCAACGAAUCAAUCACAUGAAGGUAUAGGCCAAACAACAACAGAAGAAAUCACCACCAAUAAUCCAACAACAACUUAUCCAACAACUACUAAUCAUACAACAACUAACCCAACAACUGACUCGACAACAGAAUGCGAUGAAACCACAACAAUGACAACAGCAGCGUCCAUGAUACAAAGAACAGACCCUGAAGAAAUGCCACAAAUAGCAACUACAACAGAACCUCCGAUACAAACAAAAAAUGAAAGUUUUUCGGAAGAAAACAGCGACAGCAAUGAAGUUAUAGAAGACACAACUAAACCUCCAACCACAACAACUAUUAUAACCACGACAACUAUAACUACAACAACAGAAAAAGGACCUGAAACAACAGUUGUCCCAUCAACAACAGAGCAAACUACGCCUGGUUACUCAGAAACAACAUUAAAACCUAACGAAAAUAUUCCAUUCGAUCACAAGGAAGACACGACGACUGAGAGCUCAGAAAUGACUACUAAAUCUAUAAAUGAAUUAGAAGAUUUAACAAGUUAUACGGAUGAUAUGACAACGGAAGCUUCCUCUCGAGUGUUCACGAAUGAAGAGACGAGCUCUGGCGCCACCAUUGCUAUCGUUGUAACAACUAUCGGUGUCACCGCGUUGAUUCUACUCGUCGUUCUCUUGCUGGUAGUCCGUCGUCGUGGAAGACGCGGUGUGUACGCUCAGCGAUGCACCCCCGUCUCUCUAGACGCGUACAGUCUUGACAGCGUGAGCGUCGGACACAGGAAAGGCAACCAUCGGUUGUGCAGCAAACGGAGUUAUGGCAACCCCGCCUAUGAUGAUGAAGUCACCUCUCAUCCAAUGCAAUACGCAGCGUUAGCCAAUUUCGCUUUAGACGUUGAGUCUAUAUCGGCGGAGUUCGCGGAGAUCCCCUCAGUGUCUGUGCCCCCCGAAGCCGUGCCCCCCGGCUGUGAGGAUAAGAACAGAUACUCUAAUGUGCUCCCACUGCCGGAGACACGUGUGCCUCUCACCAGGCUAGGCAAUGACCCCACCACGGAAUAUAUGAAUGCCAACUAUGUCACGGGUCCCGGCAACAUCCGCAACUACUAUAUCCUGUGCCAGGCGCCCCUCUCUAACACCGUCGCAGACUUCUGGCGUAUGAUCUGGGAACAGAACUCCAGACUCAUCGUCAUGCUCACUGAGUACAUGGAGAAUGGAGUGGAAAAAUGCUACGAAUAUCUUCCCCCGUCCGAGGUGUCCGACAACAAGCGGUGCUUCGGAGACUUCCAGGUGGUCCUCAAGAAGCGGGAGCAGCGCGACAAGUACGCCAUCUCCAGUCUGCAGCUGAUACACAUGGGCACCAGGACCUGGAGAGAAGUGACCCAUCUCUGGUACUUCUGGCCCGCUAAAGGAGUUCCAGAUGACUACGACUCCGUAAUUGACUUUAUAUCGGAGAUGAGAAGUUAUAUGAAAAUCUCACAGACUGCUAAGGAAUAUGAUGAAGAAGGUGUAGAAGUGAUCUAUGGAGACGACACAAAGUCAUCACUGGAGACCCUGUCGAAGUUACGUAGUGAGGGACGCGCCUCGGGCCGCGGACCGCAUGUCUACUCCCCUGCACGGGCAGAAGAGAUGAUGCGCUCCAACAACGGCACACUGCGCUCACAGGGUAAUUUCAGAAACAUGAAGACUAUGCAUGAUCAAGAUGGUGUGCGUCCUUGUGUGUGCGUGUGCGCGUCAGGCGCGGGGAGGUCCGCGGCGAUGGUCGCGCUGGAGACGUGCGCGCGCGCGCUGUCCGCGGGCGCAGUGGACGUGCCGCGCGUCGUGCGUCGUCUGCGCGCGCAACGUCCGCACGCGCUCGCAAACAGGCACCACUAUAUAUUCAUAUAUAAGGUGCUCAGUGAAUACGGCAACAAGCUGAUGGGCAGCGGCGUUGACAACAUCUGACCACAAGUACAUUUAAUUUUAAUGAACCGACUGACAAAUUGACAUCCAUGACACACUUUACUAUUAUCAACUACAUUCGCUAAUUACUUUGAUUGGGUGUUUUGUUGAUGACAUUUUUAACUUUAAGUUAUACCAUUCAUAUUUCUGCUAAUUUUGAUAAUGGUGCGUCAUUUUGACAUCGCUUUUUUAGCAUUUUUAAUUUCUGAUUAAGCGGCUAGUCGCGUAACUGACCACAUUCGCUUUUAUACGAAAUCACGUGUCCUAUUUCCACUGGAGCGGCCGCUACUCGAAGUACUAGCCGCGCGGUCAAGUAGCGCGUGUAGUCGUAGUGGAAAUACGCAUUUAAGGUGUAGGAAUUGUUAAACACGCUGUUGUUUUCUUUGCAUAAUAGUUAUACAUAAUAAAAUAAAUUUAAUUGAAAUAAUUGCACUGAAAUAAGACAUAAUAGUACACUUCUGUAAAUAAA